ACUGCUAGGGCCAUUCUAUAUUAAACAUAUUAUGAUGAAAAGUUCCUAUGUUCUGGUUGCAUAACAAGUUCCGUUGAAGUUCACAUGCUGUCAUCCCACAUUAAUUCAGCCACGCUAUCUGCUUUCUAUUGCACUGGAAUUGAAGUGUUGGGGUAACCUCAUUUUUGUAUGUUUUUUGUAAUCUCAUAUCUAGUAUCUACCAAAUAUGAAAGUGGGAAACAGAAGCAACCAGAAAGCAGGUUUGAAGCUGAUACUGCCAAUACAUACUAACAUUUGAAAAGCUCCUUAAGGAAUGUUCUGUUUCUAGUAAAAUCAAAGAUCCACGGUAGAUGAUUGACAUGAUGAAGCUAUGGAUGAUAGAAGUAAAAAAAAGUACAAAUACGUGAGGCAUAUUUUAUGGAUGGUCCUGUAAUUACUACCAAUGGUAUGUCAAGGUACAGAUUUUGUAAUCACAUUUGAGUACUUGCCAUUAAUCCAUUCUUUCUGAGGAUGUGUGAGUUAAGAGACAGAUUUUGUGAUCACAUUUGAGUACUUUCAUUCCGUCCCAAGGGAAUUUUUAGUUCUUUCACAGAAGACCUUGUAGAAUUAUCCAUAUGUGAUGAGAAUAUAACCAUUUUAUUAGAGACAAAACUGAGAUAUGAUAUUCCUCUCCUGUUAGCCAAGUUUCUGAUUCCAAAUCUUAUUAUGAACAAUCACUGUUUCUGUUGUAGUUACUUAGGGACAUCCCUUGUGCAAUAAGUGAAUGUCUUAGAGCGUGCUUGCCACUUAUUCGCCACCCAUUUGCUGUAGAUUUGUCUGUGAAAAGUAGUUCCGCAGGAUAUGAUCAGGUCAUGUUUGCUUGACACCUUUUUCAGCAAUCCAAGACCCUUACAAUUGUCUAAAGACUGAAGACAGCAAAGUUAUGAUACAAGUUUCUUCAUGACAAUAUCAAAGGUUAGCUCAAUACUCUUUAACCCUGUUAGUUGGUGCUGCUUUGUUCCAUGUGUGACUCAUUGGGAUCACCAUUCAUGGUUUCUGCUCUGAUUUCCUUUCUGAAAGUUCCUCACACCACUCUGUGCCAGUGGUACCAUGUUAAUCUUAUUAAGUCCACAUGCUUCAUGGCGAGCCAAAUGAGCUCUUGCCAGCCAGUUCAGGAAUCUAGAUCAGCUCGCUUGGCGACGAGCUGAGGAUUGUCUCGGUUUGGUAUGAGGCUGAGCCAAACCGAGCUUGAAUGGAACUGGAGAUGCUCCAUUAUUUUCAGUAUGCCAUUACCUCUCCUGUUUAUCUGUUUUACUACAGCUAAAGCUUUGUUGAUUCUCCAUUCUGCUUCAGCAUGACAGUCGUUCUAUUGACAGGUAGUGUAGGUCAGUCAAACAGUGUACCUCCAACCUUACACGAAAGCUCAUUCAUUAAUCUCCAGUCUUUGUAAAGUGAUUCAAGGUUCUUCCCUUAAAUCACAAGAAAAGCUUUUGCUCAUGAAGCUCCGACAUAUUCUACCAUGGAACAGCAAAGAGAAAGGCAACACACCAUGCACUUGGCCAGUUGGCCCCUUCAGAGAUCUCAUGGAAUCUAUUGCCUAGUGUCCUUUUGUCCCUUUAGAAAUCAUGCCCAUGCAUGCACACCUCCAUGGAAGAAUCCAUGGUUUCCUGACUCUCAAGUCAUUCGAUCUCCUUAAUGUUAUAUUAUAUUCAUAAAGGUAUCUGCAUUGGUUUGACACUGUAGGAACAAACUGACCUACAUUUCGCCACCUCUCUUCCAUGGCCAUAAAUAUGCACCAUGUAUGGUGAUCAACCCGGGGACAUUUUGGGUUCAUGACUUGCUUAGUGACUCGAGUGAAACUGAGCACCUUUUGCAUGGACAGUACCUUCUUUCCUGUUGAUACAGGUGCUCUUCGCUCAGACUCCCAUUAUAUUCCCUAGGAGAGUGGCACACCGGGGAAGGAGGGAAAGAGACGGGUCAGAGAAGGGUCUUUCCAGUUUCGUUUCACCCAUGAAGAGAAAGGAGCUGAUCAUGAACCGUUUUUUGAUCUUUGCAUGGUUCAUUGUCUGCACAGCAGGCGUCGAGCCGCAGGAGAAGAUGGAGUCGACCACGCCGAUCCCUACCCUGUCUCCUCCUGAAGGAAACACGACGUUCAUCGACGGUGUCACGUGGUGCGUCGCCCGUCCUGGAGUCCCCCAGGAGGACCUCCAGAACGCGCUGGACUGGGCGUGCGGCCAGGGUGCCGCGGACUGCUCGCCGCUGCAGCCUGGCGGCCACUGCUACCAGCCCAACACGCUCCUGUUGCAUGCCUCCUACGCCUUCAACAUCUUCUACCAGCAGAACGGCAACUCCGACAUUGCUUGCAACUUUGGGGGUGCUGGAUCCAUUACCAAGAGGGACCCAAGUUUCGGGCCAUGCAAGUUCCUAGCAUCUGAGACUUCUGCUGCUUCAGUGCUGAUGUUGAGGAGCACGCCGAUGAUCGGUGCUGCGUUUCUGACCGUGCUUCAGCUGAGAGUUUUCCAAGCUGUGUGCUGAGCGCCGUGUGUCGGUGGAUGGAUUAUGGAUGGCUUGGUGCUACCAAAGUAUCUAGUGCGAGAUUAACGAUGCUAUGGUGGUUUCUUUUUGCACUUUGUAGGAGCUAGUGCUACUUUUUUCUGUAAUUUCGCAAGGAUAUGUCUUAGGAUUGGGCUUAUUUAGAAAUAUACAAUUUGUACACAUAUAAUAU